CUGCUGCUGCUGGUGUGUCCUAGCAGAGGAGAGAGAGGAGGGGAGUCAUACGAGCUGUUUCAUAGGGCAGAGGGAGGCCGCUCUUGUUCCCGCCGGAGAGUAUUCUCCCGAUGUUGACCAGGGUUGCGUCCAAACCCCGUAUUGCCCAACGAGCUAGCCCUUCCCCGUCUAGAAAGAUGGUGUCCACGACCAACGGGGGGGAUGGCGACGGCGGCGAGGUGCGGGGAGGGGACGCGGCGAAGCCCGUGACAGUUCAGACGCAGGCGCUGUGGCUGCUGGCAUGGCUGGUGAAUAACAUCGGCAUCACCAUGCUCAACAAGCAGGUCAUGUCGUUCGCGAGCUUCGACUACCCGCUUGUGAUGUCGGCGUUUCACAUGUUCUGCAAUUGGCUGGGCACCGUGGUGUACUUCGCCCGCUCCGGGGAGGAGCAGCAGACCAUCAAGCGGCAGCAGUGGCCCACGCUCAUCAUGUUCAGCGUCGUGUUUGCGCUCAACAUCUCCGUCGGCAACAAGAGCUCAUCCAUGGUGCCGGUGACGUUCAACCAGGUGAUGCGAUCGCUGGUUCCGGUGAUUGUGAUGGUGAUCGGGACGCAGGUGUUCGGGAAGACCUUCUCCAGAGCAAGAAAACUCGCAGUGUUGCCCAUCGUGGUGGGCGUGAUCAUGGCCUGCUACCCUGACUCGGCGAGCGAUUCUAUCCCGGAGGCGAGGUCAUUCCGGGCGGUGGGAGUGGUUGUGACGGUGUUCUGCGUCAUGCUGUCGGGGCUCAAGAAUGUGCUGUCCGGAGAGAUGCUUACGGGGGAUAUGAAGAUGCCACCGCUCCAGCUGCUCUCGCGAAUGGCGCCCCUAGCCCUGGUGCAGAUGGCUGCGGGUGCGCUCGCUCUCGGGGAGGUUGGCAGCCUAGUCGCCAACUGGCAAGAGAUCAGGGAGGGGUGGGCGCUGUACGGGGUGGUGAUUACGGGGGUGGGUUCCUUCUCGCUGAACCUCUGCAGCCUGUAUGCGAAUAAGGUCACCUCCCCGCUCACCCUUAGCAUCAUGGCCAACAUCAAGCAGGUGUUGAUCGUCGCCGCCAGCUCGGUCGUCUUCAAGGACACCACUUCCACGCUGAACAAGUUCGGCUUCGUCGUGGUGAUCCUCGCGAGCACCCGUUACAGCAUGCUCAGCGUCUCGGAACGGAAUAAGAGUCGGGAGGUGAAGGCGCUGAUCGAGCCACGCGAGAUUGGCGUCGGCAAGAGCUUACCUCUCCUGCCCAAGUAGCAGAAACCGGCGUGAUAAUUGUUUUGGUCGUGAAGGCUCGAAACAACAAAUUACAUAUCGGCCGGGGAGCGGCCGGCGGAGGGGGCUGGGGUACCGCCCCCCUUUGGUUCAAACCAUUGGAGGAAAAUCUGACUCUUGCAUGGAGAAUGAUCGGAAUUUCCGUCACUUUUUUUAAGCCUUGCUGUCCGUUGGUUGCCUUACGGCUGCCUUUAGUCGCUUGGCGCACGAGCACACAUGCUUGCGUCUCUCUCCAGGCGGAGCAGCGCACUCCUGGGGGAAGACGGCAGCACUUGCCUCGGGGACUCCGUGUUCGUUUCGUGGUCUGCGCGUCCGCCAUAGCCGCCUUCGGAGACCGAGGGGGCACCGCCCGGGAGGAGGGGGGGGCGUAGCCCGAGGUACACGCGGGAGGGUAUGCAUAGUUGUUGAGAGCUGAGUUGGGCCGCAUUUUGCUUGGGUCAGGCGUUGUGCAAACAAGCACCCAACCAGUUCGAUCCUCGCUCGGGUACUGCUGUCGGCUACUGCUGUCGGGUACUGUAAGCGUGUUUCUUGUGUGUGUGUGUGUGUGUGUGUGUGUGUGUGUGUGUGUGUAUGUGUUUCCACGGGCCGAUGGACUCUUUUUCGUGUUGUUCUUGUGUGCGUUUUGUAUUGGUGUGUAUGUGUGUCUCAUCGUUUUGUUUUUUGUACUUUUACCUGUGAUUUUUUUUUCCCAUCUGACGGAGGCAGCAGCAGCAGCAGCAGUACGAGCAGUGGUAUAGCAGCUUCGUCUGGAUGCACGCGUCGUUUUGCUUGUCCAUGUGUGCGUGUUUUUUUUCUUUUAUCUCUUCUCUUGUGUGUACCAUGAUCUGUCCGCCAACACGGAUGCAAAAUAUUUGGACGACGAACCCCGAGAGUAACUAGAGGCGUGUUCCUCGUUCAGGCCGGGACGUGCAGGUGUAUCGACUGACCCCUUCGUGACAGCAGUACACAAGGCCCUCAUGUUUUGGUUUUCUAUUCAGUGUGUUUGUCCUCCCAACUACGCGGGGCACAAGACGCGUACGUUUGCCAACGGGAGGGAUGUUUUGGGUUUUCAAUGGGGCUUUCGCCCGCACGCGCUCUCGUGUGUCCCCCCGGUCAUGAGUUCUCACCGCUGCUUCUGGGCCAGGCCACGUUGAGAAGGCGGCAGCCGCGUCUGGCUGCGGCUACGGCGUCGGUCGACGGAGGUCGUUCCAUCCAUGCCUUCGUAGAAUGUUCCAUGAAACAGCGGUGUCCCACUUUCAGCACCACGGCACGAUAAUCCCCUCUCAGGCUGGUUGGCUGCUUUGAAUGGAAUAACGGCGGGAUCGAAAGAGGAAGAAGGUCGUUCGUCGUUCAAACAUCAAGCAAGCCCCAUCGUGGGUGAUGUGAACCAUGGUUUUCGUUUCUGAUAGUGGCGGUGGCGGUGGAGUUUUUUUUUUUUGUAGUGACUCGAAACGAUCUAUCGGUGGUGGUCUGAAUGAAGAGUUCGUGAUUUUAGCGCGGGCCUCGUCUUAUAUCCCGUUCAGCAGACCGGCGGUAGGCAACAGUAGGUCUUGCGCGAGCCAAGGGAUUAAGGAUCGUGGGGUUUGUCCGCCAGGUGGAAAACCGAUGGGUUAGUCGUGCUCGGGAGAGGCGAAAAGUGACUGCUGACUGUGGGUUGCUCGCCGAUGGGCGUACCAUCAAGGCACAGAAAAGCAGGCAACGGAUGGUCUUGCUGUACCUUUUUUUGAUUGUUUGGUGGUAAUGUGGGUCGUUUUUGGCGGGUUUCUGGUUUCCGGAGGGGGGCGAAACGGAAGAAGAGGACAACGGACAAGCAUCUGAUAGUCUUGCUGUUUGGGGUGUAGAAAAACACGCUAUUUUCUGCGUUGUCGUCAGCGCCUACUUCACUUGCACUGAUUCACAAGUUUAUAGCCGAAGGCAGGGCUCAAUUGGUUCUUUCAAAGAGAUUAAAAGCAAAAGGUUUGUUCGCUUAAGUUGUACGGGUACCAGCAUGCCUGCGUGUCACAUCGUCGCUGUCCGCGUAAUAAAUUGUUGUCUUUGCUUGGUUUUGUUCUUGGAGGAUUAUGACUUCUUUCAAGUCAUUAUGUGGAUCUCACGAGCAGUACAACCGAGUGUAUCUCAAAUCUCGAAAAUGCUGUUCAUUAAAAAAGGCUGCUUUUGAUUUCAACGAACGUCGAUGGGUGUCGGGGAAAUUGUGGGUAUUCUAGAACUACAAGAGAGUGUGCCUGUGCUUGUUGUUUGAAAAAUAUGCAAGAAAAAUAAUUUUCAACGGCGGCCUGCGUUUGUUUGCC